ACCUUUUCCAUAAAUCUAAACAUUUUUCAUUGGUAAGAAGAGUCGCAAACUGCAGAUCCUUUAUACUACCUAAUUCUGAAAUGUGAGAUAAAUCUGAGAUUUUGUCAGCUCGCCGGAUCUCUCAUUGAUCUUCAAGUCAAUCAGUUGAGUAUUGUUAAGAGUGUGAUAAACAAGGAGAGGAGCAUGAGGCCGAUGAAUUUGGUGGCCAGAGAUCGAAUUGAGGCAUUUGUUUCAUUUUUCGUCACUCUUCUUCCCCACGAGCUCUCCGCUUUGCUUUACUCCACCUCCACUUUUUUCUUUAUUUUGAGUGCAUAUUUCGUGGUGCUUCCUUUACGUGAUGAAGGAGCUAUAUCUUUAGGCUUGGGGAAUCUGCCGAGCUUGUUUGUUGGAUCCUUGCUACUCACACUGGUCGCUGCCCCUGUUUCCACCUUAAUCUUUGCAUUGCCUAAUCUUUCCAAGUCCAUGGCUUUGGUCUUGAUACACAGGUUUUUUGGGGUCACUCUUGUUGCAUUCUACGUCUUGUGGCUUUCUUCUACUCCCGGAAGUUCACCAUUUAAUAUCAAGGGACUGUUCUCUGUGUCCUCAACCAUAAAACAGGAAUUAAAAGUGGAAGCCAGUCACAGGGAUACUCCAAACUCAGCGAGUUGGAGCAACCAUGGGUGGUUUUACGUGUCAGUGAGAAUUGGCUUGUUUCUCUGGGUUGCUUUGCUUAAUCUUAUUACUAUAUCUUCAACUUGGGCUAGAGUUAUUGAUGUGAUGGAUAGUGAGUCAGGUUCAAGAUUGUUUGGGUUUAUUGGUGCUGGUGCUACACUUGGCCAGCUGCUUGGUUCACUAUUUGCAACGGGAAUGGCUUGGUUAGGACCGCAUUUACUUCUUGUUUCAGCAAUUCUCAUGGAACUUGCUGCACAGUCAUCAAAAGGGAUCAAGAAAGAUGUCUUACAACUACCUGAAGAACUAUCUCCCUUCAGAGAAGCUGAUAUCGAUCAAGCCAAAGAGGACGAGAAUGAAUCAAUGCUCGCACAGAGAACAACUUCCCCAAAAUCGCCAGCUUCUGUAGCAAAGCCUCAGCUCUGGGCUAUAUUGGACGGGUUAAAGCUAAUUCUAUCUUCGACUUACUUGUUGCACGUAUCAUUAUUCCUUUGGCUGAGUGCGGUUGUUUCCUCGUUUUUUUACUUUCAGAAAGUAACUGUUAUUGCUGCUGCAGUAACAGAUCCCACUGGUAGAAGGAGAUUAUUUGCACAGAUCAAUAGCUUUAUUGCUAUUUUUAUCCUUGCUGGACAACUUACUUUGACGGGGCGCAUCCUUACUUUUGCUGGUGUCACUCUAGCCAUUUGCUCCACACCUUUUGUUGCAUUCACAAAUUUAAUUGCUUUAGCAGUAUGGCCUACAUGGAUUACAGUGGCUGUCUCAGAAACCCUGAGGAAGGUGGUCACGUAUGUUGUUACCAGGCCUGGAAGGGAGCUUCUUUUUACUGUUGUCUCACAGGAUGAGAAGUAUAAAGCAAAGGUAUGCAUAGAUGUGAUUGUUCAAAGACUUGGAGAUGCUACAGCAGCUGGAAUGUACAAGCUACUCUUCAGCACUCUCAAUGGCAAGGCAUCAGCUGUUUCUCUAUAUGCCCUACCUGUCUGCUUCAUGUGGAUACUGACAGCAUUCUAUCUAGGACACCGAUACAAGUUACUUUCAAUGGCUCAGCCCUCUCAACCUGCUGAAACAUGUAGAAGAUGAUUUUUAUACGCUUCACAUGGAACUAAGGCCAAACAUGAAGAUUUUUGUAUCUUUCAGCUCCUCGAUGGUAAAAAUAGCCACUUCCUUUUCUUCUUUGGAUAAAUUUCCGUUUAGAAUGAAGCAUGUUCUCCCCUUUGAAUUGGUGUUUGCUUGUUGCUCCCACUUUACUCUAUGCUAUUCAACAGAGCCCUCGUAACAAAAUACUAAUGAUUACAUAACUGGAAGAACAUUUUUAAAAGAAACUUGAAGAACCUUAUCUACACCCAGAGGGACACUGAGCUGAAGUCGAGUUAUUCUUGACUCUUGGAAGUGUGUGGCUACCAAUAAUCACUGGCACGUAUUCAUCUUUGAUUCCUUUUCCCAAUUUGCAAACUCAGUAGACUGAACCUAUAGUAGAGGCAGCCUGAAUUUCGGGUGCCAGCUGAUAGCUGUUUAAUAUGACUCUGUUCUGUGCUAGGUCAAGUGGGAACCCUCCAAAACAUGAAAAUAAUGCUUGUCCUCUUUGAGAUUUUAUUAGAAAAUAGCCCCUCUCCAAGUCACUAACGUGAAUAUAUGCUCCAUCCUUGGUUCAAGGAUGAUGUCUCAAGUUCUGGCAGUUAAAGUUGCUUGUUCCAGAGCAGGGAAUGGUUGUGCAUCGACAUAAAAGCUUGACACAGAUUUUUCAUUUGGAGAACUGGAGAAGUGAAUCAGGAAUCAACUAUAAUUCCUCAAAUGCCGUGAAUGCCACAAUUUUUAUACAUUUUUGAGUAAUUUUGAUGUCUUUGCGGUUGUUAGUUUCUCAUUGGUCUAUCAGAGAUCCAUCUCUGUUGAGGGGCAUUGUCCUGCAAGGCGUCCAUUUUAAUGGCCAACAUAUAGGAUAUAACCAUUAGAGUAUACUAUAUUACCACUUCUUCGAUCCAAUAUACUAUAGAAAUGGAAGAAGAAGAAGAGGAGGAGGAUGUGGUAGUGGUUUAAUUGAAAGCCCCAACUUUCUUGUAUUAAUAUAAUAAUCUUGCCUCCAUUCUUAACCUUUGCCACAUAGGAUAUAUUGUGCAAAGGAAAGAGUCGCUCUUUUCUUAAUUCAAUACUUGGAGCGUCCUUUCGCCCAAGUGUUCUCCUAUUUAGACUUUAACAGGAAUCUAUGGUUGUAGUUGUAACUAAAUCUAACUUUUACCAUAAAUUGUCUAAAUGGUUAGUUUUAAUUUUUGUUGCUUCGGA